AGUUGCCGUUCUAUACGCAGUAUUAUUCCUCAUUCUAUGCAACUUGGUAAUUGCUAGCAGUCGCAGUGUAUCACAUAGCUGUGCGGAUAGCGAUUCAGUGAUAACUAAAUGAUAAGGACACCUACCUCAUACAUUAUCAGUUGGUCGAUACAUCGGCUACUUACCAGUCACAGGUGGACAAUGAUACGCCAACUACCGCCUGAAUUGGAGAAGGUAGCGCGGGAAGAAUUGAAUGAGAACCCAAAACGGCUCCAGGAUGAUUUACAGCAUCUAAAGGAGUGGAUAGCGAAACAACCUCAUUUGAAAGCACGAACAGAUGAUCAAUGGCUGGUAGCCAUACUUCGCGGGUGCAAGUUCAGUUUGGAGCGAGUGAAGAAAAAGUUGGAUCUCUAUUACACUUUGAGGACCACUGCCCCUGACAUCACGCUUCGGAUGAAACCCACAGAUCCCAAAUUUUUGGAUUUCCUGAGAUUAGGGACAUGUGUUAUUCUCCCAAAAGUGGACAACCUGCAACCACGCGUGGUUCUUCUUAGACCUGGGCGGUACGAUCCUGCAGUUAAUCAUAUAGCCGAUGUCAUGUGUGUCCUUUACUACCUGAUUCAGAUAUUAGUCGUAGAAGACGAUACAGCGACAGUGUUGGGCACCAAAAUAGUGACAGACUAUGAAGGGGUCAACAUGAACCACCUGGCGCAGGCCAAUCCUACCUUCAUGAGGAAGAUGAUUGCUGUUAGCCAAGAAUCCAUGCCCCUCCGCUUGAAAGGCAGCCACCAUGUUAACGUUCCAUCGGGAAUUGAAGUGGUUUUCACCCUCGUCAAGACAUUAUUAAGCCAAAAAGCGAACGAAAGAUUAAAAAUGCAUAAAACAAAUGAAGAUCUCUUGAAAUACAUUCCGAAAGAGAUAGUUCCUAAAGAAUAUGGCGGCACAGCCGGCUCUGUAGCUGAACUAUCAGAGUACUGGGCCCAGAAGGUAUUUGAAUACAAAACAUGGAUGGAGUAUGAAGAGACCCUGGGCACAGACGAGUCUAAGAGAGUCGGGGACGCCAAGACUGCCGCAGACAUGUUCGGUGUAGGAGUCCAGGGAUCCUUUAGAAAACUUGAUAUAGAUUAUGAUAAAAGUAUAAAAGAAUUUAAAGGACAAGGUAUAAGAGUUGACAAAAUGACUAUCCGGCCCCUACCUGCCUCCCUGCAGAAAAAGGCCGAGAAGGAAGUCAACGAAGAUCCGAAGAGAUUAGCUGCAGAUUUAGUGGCUUUGAGGGAAUGGCUUAGUAAACAACCACAUUUAGAAUCCGUUCAACCUUCGGACCAAUGGCUCGUAGCAUUUUUACGUGGAAGCAAAUUCAGUUUGGAAAGAAGCAAAGAAAAAUUCGACAUGUAUUAUACAUUAAAAGCUUUAGUACCGGAAUUCUUCUCUAAUAGAGAUCCAUUGGAUGAAAGAAUACAGGGAAUACUUAAAUUAGGAGUAUUUUUGCCGGUGAAGAACGUGAAGGACGCGGAUUCAUCUCGCGUGUGUAUUGUGAGGGUGGGCGUGUUCGACCCGAGCAACUACCACCUGGCCGACCUGAUCAAAGUGGCGUUUAUGGUCACUGAGAUUCUCAUGCUGGAAGACGAUAACUUCACCAUCAUUGGCGAGGAUGUCAUAGUGGACAUGCAGGGUGUAGGGGUGAACAUCCUGAGCCAGUGGACCCCAGCGUUGGCCAAGAAGGUGAUCACCAGCUUCGAGAAGGCUUUGCCGGUGCGGGUGAGGAGCAACCACAUGCUGAACACGCCAACAGGGUUCGAAGCCGCCUAUACCGUCUUCAAAGCAUUUCUUGGCGAGAAGCUGAAGAAAAGAAUCCAAGUGCACAAUCAGAAGUACACGAGCAUGCACAAGUCAAUACCCAAGUCAGUAUUACCCAAGGAAUAUGGGGGAGAUGAUGGCACGGUUCAAGAAUUAACAGAUCAUUGGAGGGAAAAGGUGGAAAGUUAUCGAGACUGGUUCUUGAAAGAAGAAAAUUCGCGUUCCGAUGAAUCCAAGAGACCAGAGAUGCCCAAAACUACGUCUGCUCUCUUUGGCGUUGAAGGCUCCUUUAGAAAGUUGGAAGUUGACUAGUUUUUCUUUUAUUUUUAUCAUUUACCUACCUGUUUACUGAAUAUGUAAAAGUGUUUUAUUUAUAAAUGUCGUGUGAAGAUAAUAUUGGUGCAUUACUUACUUUAAAAAGUACAUACCUACUUACCCUCAUUACUGACAAAUAAAUAAAUAUACUCGUCUUACCCACUAAUAAAGUACCUCCCUAAU